AUGGAUUUGCAUUCAAUUGUUAAGCCUUGCCCAUUUAAAGGUUGGGCAAUGGAUUUGAUUGGCCAAAUAUUUCUCCCUUCAUCAAAACAACACUCAUUUAUAUUGGUGGCAACUGAUAACUUUACUAAGUGGUUGGAAGCAGUCCCCUUGAAAGUAGUAAAUCAGUCUCAUGUGAUUGAUUUCAUUAAGAACCAUGUAGUUCAUAGAUUUGGGUUGCCACAGACUAUCACUGUCGACCAUAGGCCAAUGUUUAAUGGUGAUGAAGUUAAGGAGUUUGGCAAAGUGUAUAGUAUUAAGAUACUCAAUUUAUCCCCAUAUUAUGCCCAAACAAAUGGGCAAGCAAAGUCAUCAAAUAAAACAAUUAGAGCCACAUUGAGUAAGGUGAUAGAGGACAACCCAAGGGAUUGGCAUUAA